AAAUGAUAAGUCUUAUUGAUACAUUGAAUCGUUCUUUCGUUUUUGAUCAUCUACUGUUUAUAAUUCUCUUCGAUUUCAUUGAAUAACAUGAGAAUAUCAAGAAUCUUCAUUAUAUUUAUUGUGGUUUUCAUUGCUGGUUAUCAAGCGGAGGAUUGUGGAGAUGGUAGAUCCUGUGAUGUUGGCAAUACAUUCCUAUAUUCAACACAUUGCUGUAAAGAUCCUUCUGAUAAACCGGCAUGUUGUAAACAAUUCCGUUGGUGGCCACUUGCUGUUACAAUAUGUGCUUCUGUCUUGGUACUCAUUAUAAUCCUCGUCUGUUCAUGUUGUUACAAUGUCUUUAGUUGUUUACUUGAUAUUUUAUGCUGUUGUAGACGUUAGAAAACCAGUGGUCAACAUUUAUCGAGUUACUAUUUUCUCUAUCACUUCACUGAAUUACCUGAUUCUAUGUAUCUAUGCAUGCCUGCAUGUAUGUAUGUAUGUAUGUAUGUAUCUGUGUGUGUGUGUUUCCCAUAGAACCAUUUAUUUUUGAGAUUUCCUUUUUUUUUUCAAAACAAAAUUCUAUUAUGUUUUAAUUGUUUGUUUUCAUUUAUUGUUAUAUUUACUCAAUGGAACAGAUAAAAUAUGAAUGUUUAUCUGUACAAUUAUUGAAUUGAGUUUUUAUAUGAACUAUUAAAUAAAUUUUGUCAUUGAAAA